AUGGCGUUGCUGGGCGCGGAGAGAGCGUCCAGCGCCUCCAUGGGCGAAAAGUGGCAAAAAAAGCUCCAGAAAUGGUACUACAAGACGGCCAAGAGCGUCCUCGGCCCUGAUAUACCCAUCGAGGCUGAUAGAUACCGAAGUCUGUGUGAUGAGACGUACGGGAUCUGCCCUUACUCCUUCCGCUGGAUCCAGGGCCUUCUCGUCCGGAGGAUCGUCUUCGAGUUCAUCCUCGAGACAAUGAACGGACUCUACUAGCAGAAAGAAAGGAGGAGGAUGGAGGUAGAAGCUAGUAGAACUCGUUUCGUCCGGGGGAACAUAUGAUUGAAGAUGCCAUGUAUACACCUUCGUGUGGAAUCUAGUCUCGAUGCAACGACGGAUCGCUUUCACCUCAUGUCGUGUCGCCAUCGGAUGCAGAAAUGCC